AUGGCACUACAACUCCCGAAAUUACGAUACGAAUACGCUGCCUAUGAGCCUGCAAUUGAUGAAGGAACCAUGACUCUACACCAUACCAAACACUUCCAAGCUUACAUUGACAACUACAAUGCAGCAGCAGCAAACGUUGAAAAGUCACCAUUGCAAUUGUUACGACACAUUGCAUCUGAAGAAAAUCAGACUUCUGUUGUUAUUGAUACUACAAUUGACGCAAAGACAAAGGCUGUAAUCCGCAACCACGGUGGUGGAUAUGUCAACCAUGCAAUCUACUUUGACUCGCUGUGUCCUCCGUCUCUUGCCCAAGGAAAGCCUGCUGGUGACUCAAAGCUGUUGGCUGAUAUUGCAGCGCAAUUCAAAUCAUGGGAUGAAUUCAAGGCGGCUUUUACUGCAUUGGCUAUGAGUGUGUUUGGGUCUGGAUGGGCGUUCAUGGUGAGGUCUCCAGCUACGGGCAAGUUGAAGCUGGUAAAGACUGCCAAUCAGGAUAUUCCAGAGUUUAAUGAUAGUGAUAAAGAACGACAACUUGAUGUCAUCCUUGCCUUGGAUGUCUGGGAACAUGCUUACUAUAUCAAAUACAACAACCGUCGUCGUGACUAUAUUGAUGCAUGGUGGACGGCCGUUGACUGGAACGUUGCAGAAAGCUACUAUAUUCAGUCGUCUCGACAAAACACUCACUUGUAA